AUGGACGAUGACAUGACCCGGGACAUGUGCCCGAUCUGUAAGACGGACCGGUACUUGUCACCCAACAUGGUAUUUCUAAUCAACCCGGAGUGCUACCACAAGAUCUGCGAGUCAUGCGUCGACCGGAUCUUCUCGCUUGGCCCCGCACAGUGUCCGUACCCGAAAUGUAGCAAGAUUUUGCGGAAGAACCGGUUCAAAAAACAGGUCUUUGACGAUAUUCUCAUCGAGCGGGAGAUCGACAUCCGCAAGCGGAUCCAGCGGAUCUACAACAAGACCGAGGAGGACUUUGCGUCGCUCCCCGAGUACAAUGCGUACUUGGAGGCCGUGGAGGAAAUCACAUUCAAGCUCUGCGAGGGCAUAGAUACGGACGAGACCGAGAAAGAGGUCAGCAAGUACGAGGCUGAGCACAAGAUCGAGAUCUUGGAGAUCGCCAUGCGCGAGUCGCAAAAGGACUCCGACGUCAGCAAGUUCCAAGAGGCCACGGAGCGGCUCAGGCAGGAGAAGUUGAACAUCCAGAAGCAGAUGGAGGCCGAGGACGCGGAGUUCCAGAAACAGCAGAAGGUGGAGUUGAUGGAAAAGCUCCAGUCGUCCGCGGCCAACGCGGAGGAGAUCAUGAAGCAGCAGAAGAACGCGCAGCUCAAGCGGCUGCUGCUCCGCAAGCGGCAGCUCCAGCAGAUCUCCAGCCAGUUGGACCAGAAAUUCCUCUCCAACAAAGCGGGCUCACGGCACGGCGCGGGCCUGGACUCUGCGGAUGCGCACACGCCGUUCACGCCCUUCUGCGGCGACCGGGACGUGGACAAAAAGUACACGCUUUUGGGCAAGCCGACGCGCGACGUGGUGGAUAUCACCGACACAUACUACGAUCCGUACGUCAACAAGAUGGCGCAGAACCGCGAGUUUUUGGGCGGCGGCUGGCGGCUCAAGACCUUGUUCGAGCGUGCGUUGGACGAGGCGUUCAUGGGGCUCAGCUGCUUCAUCGAGACGGAAAGAGCACCGCACCUGCGCCGCGGCCCAAGCGACACCGCCUUGAUGGAAAAGCUCCAGUCGUCCGCGGCCAACGCGGAGGAGAUCAUGAAGCAGCAGAAGAACGCGCAGCUCAAGCGGCUGCUGCUCCGCAAGCGGCAGCUCCAGCAGAUCUCCAGCCAGUUGGACCAGAAAUUCCUCUCCAACAAAGCGGGCUCACGGCACGGCGCGGGCCUGGACUCUGCGGAUGCGCACACGCCGUUCACGCCCUUCUGCGGCGACCGGGACGUGGACAAAAAGUACACGCUUUUGGGCAAGCCGACGCGCGACGUGGUGGAUAUCACCGACACAUACUACGAUCCGUACGUCAACAAGAUGGCGCAGAACCGCGAGUUUUUGGGCGGCGGCUGGCGGCUCAAGACCUUGUUCGAGCGUGCGUUGGACGAGGCGUUCAUGGGGCUCAGCUGCUUCAUCGAGACGGAAAGAGCACCGCACCUGCGCCGCGGCCCAAGCGACACCGCCGUCUCGCAAUAG